ACAGGCGUUUCCGGGUUAAAUAGAAAGCAGUACAGCAGAGGUAACCGCGUUUUGUGAGUGUUAAACUCAAUAUAUCCAGCCACAUAUUAAACCAAAAUCAUUUGAUGAAGAAUGAAUAACAGUUGAGGUUAACGGUUAAACGUUAGCCAGUUACUAUCUAGCUAACAUUCAAACAUUAGCUUGCUAGUUAGCUUUAGUAACUCACUUUCCACGCUAGCCAAUUCAAUGUGAACAAACCUGCCUUUUUGACAUUCCAAACAUGAGGUUAGAAGUCUCAAGUGUCUGUCAGCAGUAGCGAGCUAUUUGCAAGCAGAGAGGUUUCACAAUUCUACAGUAACGUUAAAGAUUAUUGACUCAUUUCUGUAAAAUAUGGCUUCGUUCGGGUGGAAAAGGAAAGUGGGCGAGCGGGUGUCCAAGGCAGCGGUGCAGCAGUUUGAAGCCGCAGCGGAGAAGCCGGAGGAAGAUGGAGUAGGCAAAGAGGACGAGGUGGACUGGCUGUAUGCUAUCAAGCGGCGCCGGGAGGUCCUGCUGGAGGACUGCGCUGCCAAAAGCAAGAGACUUAAGGAGGAAGGGGUGGUGCUGGCACAAGAGGGCAGGCACUGGGAAGCCGUUAAGAGGUGGGAUGAAGCCAUCCAGAUGACUCCAGAAAACCCUCUACUGUACGAGAUGAAGUCCCAGGCGCUGACCAUCCUGCAAGAGGUGUUCCCGGCGGUGCAGGCAGCAGAGAUGGCUGUGAAGCUCCGCCCCCUGUGGUGGGAGGGCUGGCAGACACUGGGCCGCGCCCAGCUUAGUCUGGGAGAGGUGGACCUGGCGGUGAGGUCUUUCCAGGUGGGGCUCCACCUGUGUCCGUCAGAGCGCCCCCUCUGGUUGGAGGACCUGGCGUGGGCACGGAGGCUGCAGCAGCAAAGACUGGCGGCACGGGACCGGACCCAGCGGGAGGAGGCGGCCCAGCGGGAGGUCCUGAGCGCUCCAGAGCUCCAACAGGACUAUGACUUUGAGUCCGAUGAGGUGGUGGUGGCCUGCACUGCCAUGGCCGAGAGACAGCGACGCUAUGAGGAUCUGAAGAGGACGGCGGUGGUGGUAGACGCUGAGGGGAACGCAAGGGAGAUAAUAAAUAACGUUCAACUGGGACCACUGGCUGCGGUGAUUUCUUUGAACCAAACACAACGCAGGAGAGUACGAUUAACAUCUGUUACAUAUGGUCAGGUGAAAGAAAUCGUCAUUUUGGAAUGGACAUCUCAGUCUCCGGACUUGAACCCGAUUGAAAACCUGAGGGUGCAGAUGAAGUCCAUAAGUGCAGGUGAAGGAUAUAAAAGAUUCGGAAAGAUUCUGUAUGGAGGAAUUGGUCUUAGAUCCCUCCCAAUGUGUUCUCCAAUCCUAUAAAACAUUUUUGAAAAACGCUUGUUGCGUUAUCCACGCAAGGUGAUAUAUUGGAAAUGACUGAGCAAUUGUCUUACUAUAAAAUAACACAUUACAAAUUGUUUUGAGCCUACAAUAUAGCUCAGUAUUUGUAUUAUUUCUUUUCUAGUCUUUUUUUUUGCUCAUCUUUAUAAACGGUGCCAAUCAUUUUCGACCUGAAUGUAUGUUCCCUGUUUAAGCUUUGUUGUUUAUAUCAAUGCUCUCUUAUUACUCCUAUGCCAUUUAAAAGACUGGUUUGGAGUGUAGCCCUAAUACAUUUUUUUCUCAUUAUACACUUGAGAGCUCAACGGUCACUCAUGUUGGUUAAUCCUCCUGAAAGGAGCAUCCUGUUGUGUUUGGAAUAUGUCUGUCCAUCCCAUUAACUCAAAUACAUUCCGGGUCAGUUUCCCAGACGGAUUAGACAUAAUCUUGGAUAAAAAUCGAUUGAAUGAUGAUUAUCCAUUGAGCUUGCGUUUUAAGUCCACUACUAGGCUAACCCUGUAUCCGGAAAACUGCCCCUUCGUCUUUUUUUUUUUUAAUAUCUCAAGUUAUGAGAAGUUUCAGAACAUCUUCGUCAGAUGACCGGGAAAUGAUCUCCUUGGAAAACUCCUCACUUGAGUCAAUUGUGUCAGUUGAGCUGUUAUUAAAAAAUAAACCCUCGGAGAAACAAACCCCACAGAGAAAUAAUAUUUCCAGGUUAGGAUUUGUGUGUCAUGUGAGCCUCCGUAGGAGAUUGGUGAGCUGCUAAAACAAUCCAACUUUGUCCGGAAUGCCAGCAGCAGGCUGGCGCUGAAAACUCUGCGCCGUCAGCCUGGACUGGCCAUGCUGAAAAGCCUAGCAGCUUGAACAGUCAUUUGAAUUUGAAUGACAUCUUCUAAGAGCAAGAUUGUUUUCAUGGGACACUCAUAAAAGGGUUUUGUAUGACUGAAACGGGCUAUCAGAUUGUUGUUAAUACAGACAGGCAGUGAAAGAGGAGACUGGUUUCUGAGAGAAUGAAUGUGUCCUCCUUGGAUUUUUGAAUUCAUAUUGUUGGAUUCUAGCUUGAAAUGUACUUAUUCAUGUUGCUGUACCAGAACUUAGUGAUAACUUUACAUCUAUAUGUCUUGGGUCAAGGAAGGGUAAAGAGUAAUUUGGUGCGUGGAAAGUUACUGAGUGAUAUGGAAAGUUACUCAGUGAGAAAAGGGAAGUACAGAAAAGUAAUAUUCUGUUCAAAUAUAGUGUUGAAUAUGAAUGUUGCUAAGAAGGGAGGUAAAGGGAAACGGUCUAGUAUCAGUUCUUGAAAAGGCAGACCAGCUGCGGAGGAACCGGGACCAUGAGGGCUGUGGAACUCAACUCCAGGUUAAGUCAACAGAUGAAGAGAGAAGACAAUGCUGGGAUUACAGUCCCAUCUCACACACACACACUUCCACACUCAUGAGGGUCCUGGACUGAGGCAGGGCCAUGACAAUACCAGUAAGAGGAACCCACUGUGUAUCUGCCUAACGCCAAAGAAGGAUUGGUAAUCUUAGACAUGCAAGGAGGUGACUCCGCCUAGUUGUGAGGUGUAAAGAUGUGCUUGUGUGACUUGUAUAUUGUCUUUGCAGAUGUAUGACCCAAUGGGGUGAUUAAACUUGGUUUGAGCUUUUUCUAGUCAUGAGUUUUUACUCUGUUUGUUCCGAACCUAACAAUAUGAAAAAAUAUUUAGACAAUUUCGUAAUCUAUGUCACUUGUAAUGGAUGCAGAAAUAUAUUUGAUAGUAAAGGCCAAUUUAUGCUUGAUCUGACAAUGUGGUCGGCGGCUUCGUAUGGAGUGUGACGCAAUUGCGGAGCAUCCAGAGGCAUGCAGAGGCCCAAUGACGCUCCGUUAAAUGCUUCGUAUGGCUCUGCAUUGACAUGGUAGACAGUAGGUGGGGGCGGUACGACCCGUAUGAAUACAAACUUACUUCAUCAUUGCUCUACUCUGCUCCGCUGGUAUGAGAGCCCUGACGUCUGCAUCACACAAUAAAUGCUGUACGCCCACUUUGCUUUAAAGACUCACUCUGACACAGAGCGUUAACCUUUCAGAAAAAGGGGACCAUGAAUGUGUUGGUAACAGUCAUUCAUUUCAUAGAACUGAGCUCAUCCUCUGGUCAUGUGUGGGAUCAUUGGGUGGAGCUGUGAACACACAGUGGGAAAGGUAACUGUUUUGACCAUGACAGUGCUCAUAGCCUAUUUAGUGCGAAUUGUAAUCAUGUUUCUGUAACUGACCCAGCUGACGUUGUGUACUAAUACUUUGUUUGGGUAAAUAAUGAGAAUGUAUCCAUCUUACCUGUAAAGUGUACAUUUAAAAUAAAUCAAUUGAU